GAGCCUUAUCCUGUUGGAGAAUUGGCAGUUCUGAUGUUUUCUCCUACAAAGCAUUUGCCUUUCAUUGCAGAAACAAAAGGCACCGUUUUGAGUUAGACAUAGAGUUGUAAUUAGUUGUUUUUUUAGUAUGGAUUCUUUUUUUGCCUCAUGUGUAUCCUAUUUUGAGUGGGAUCUAAAAAGUCUGCUCAUCUUUAUGGUUAUUUUUGUCAUCUCUGCAGAUUUUCUUAGAAACCGUCGACCUGCUGGCUUUCCUCCCGGACCUCGAACUCUUCCAAUUCUGGGUAACUUGUUCACCAUGGACCAAAAGAGGCCCCAUGAGAGUCUCAUGGAGUUGGCAAACACACAUGGAGACGUGUUCAGCCUGCAGUUUGGUCAGAAAUGGGCCGUGGUGUUAAAUGGGUAUGAGGCUGUAACCGAAGGCCUGGUAACAAAGGGAGACAGCAUGGUUGACCGCCCUUUCCUCACUCUGCAGAAUGAAGUAGCAGGUGGACUAGGUGUAAUUUUCAGCAACGGAAACAUCUGGAAACAGCAGAGACGUUUUGCACUCUCUACCCUCAGAUACUUUGGCUUUGGAAAGAAAUCUCUUGAACCUGUCAUCCUGGAUGAAUUCACACAUUGUGCAGAAGAAUUCAGAGGCUUUAAAAAUAAGCCAUUCAAUCCACAUCUCACCAUCAACAACGCUGUUUCCAACAUCAUCUGUCAGCUGGUCUUUGGUCAUCGCUUUGAGUACAGUAAUGAGGGUUUCAGGAAACUGAUGCUCCUUUUUGACCAAGCCCUCUUCAUUCAGUCCUCUAUUUGGAGUCAGCUCUACAAUUCAUUCCCUCUGGUGAUGAGAUAUCUGCCGGGUCCACAUCAGACUCUUAAACAGAUCUGGUGCGACGUGAAGAGCUUUGUACGAGGAGAGCUGAAUGAGCACAAGAAGAAUUGGGAUCCCUCAGAGCAAAAGGACUACAUUGACUGCUACCUGAACGAGAUUCAUACGAGUAAGGGGCAGGAAGACAACACUUUUGAUGAUGAGAACUUGAUCAUUUGUGUUGUGGAUCUGUUUGUGGCUGGUUCUGAAACCACAUCCACCACCCUGCGUUGGGGAUUUCUCUACAUGGCUAAAUAUCCUGAGAUCCAAAAGAAGGUUCAAGCUGAGAUAGACCGAGUGAUUGGACAGUCCAGGCAGCCAACUAUGGCAGACCGUGCAAACCUGCCCUUCACCGAUGCUGUUAUCCAUGAGAUCCAACGGAUGGGCAACAUAGUUCCUCUAAGUUUACCGCAUGCCACUAACAGGGAAAUUCAACUGAGAGGACACACCAUCCCAAAGGGAGUGCUGAUAAUCCCCAAUCUAGCUUCGGUGUUGUAUGACAAGAACCAGUGGGAAACGCCUUUUACUUUCAAUCCAGGACACUUUUUGAAUAAGGAGGGCAAGUUUGUAAAACAACCAGCGUUCAUGCCUUUUUCUGCAGGAAAACGUCUGUGCCUUGGGGAGAAUCUGGCCAGGAUGGAGCUUUUCCUCUUCUUCACCUCCUUCAUGCAACACUUCACUUUCUCCAUGCCUGCUGGGAAAGAAGUUGUGAUGGAUUACCGCCCUGGAGUAACUCUGUCACCAGAACCAUAUGAAAUUUGUGCCACUUCACGUUAAGAUCCAUUUUGCACAACUCAUUUUGAGAUUUAUGACACACUGUCAACGCCACAGCAGUUGUAUCUCAUAAAGCUGCAACCAUUUAUCAGUUCCUGUAAAUAAUCAUCAUACUUGAUAAGAUCCACCUCAAAACAUAGAUUAGCUCAAAUUUAUCAGAGGAUUUAAAGUUGGUGUACUCUAGUACAAUGCACCAAUAAAAAACAAUCCUGCACAUGUUCUGCUCCUGCUCAGCCUGUAGAGUUUUUGUUUGUCGAUCUUGUUUCUGUUCAUCCUAAUCCACAAAACGUUUUUAUACUCCUUCAGUAACAAAUAAAAGGGUCCUUUUUCAUCGUU